UUUCUAAUCAAAAGAAAAACAAAGAAGACAAUAGCGUCACCGACCCAAGCUUCAACCAAAAGUAUAAAUCCCCAAAUUCCCAAAUCCAUUGUAAUCCUAGUUCCAAUUUCCGCAAUUUCCCCCCCAAGCUUCAACCUGGAAACCCUGAAACCCUGAUUUCAUAGUCCGUAGAAAAACCAGAAACACGAUGCAUCCCAAACUUCACAAUUUCCAAAUCUUCCUCCAAUCUCCAGACCUCCAAAUUCCGACCCAAACCAUAACCCUAGCCCCAACUCAGACCCCAACUCUCCGUCACCUCAAGCUCUCUAUUUUCUCCCAUACCCUGCCAUCGCUUUACUUCACCCUCAAUGGUAAACCCCUGAACGACUCCACUCCACUUCUCGAUUCCCAAAUUACCCCUCUUUCUACCCUCGUUUUACGUAUUAGAGCUUGCGGAGGUGGCGGCGAUGGCGGGGCCACGGGGGCCGAGUCCCGCGACUGUUAUCUCAAGAUGUAUGCUGAGAAGAAGCCCGAUAAGGUUGAUCCAAAUGAGCAGAGGCUGUCGAAGUGGCUCAAUUGCUCGCUCUCCAACGAGCCCUUGAAGGAACCGUGCGUGGUGGAUUUUCUUGGGAAUGUGUUUAACAAGGAGCCUCUUGUGGAGGCCUUGUUGGGCAAGAAGGUGCCCAAGGCCUUUGGGCACAUAAAGGGCUUGAAGGACAUGAUCACUGUUCAUUUUUCCCCAAUUCCUGGGACUGAAUCCAAUCGCCGAUCGAGUGCCGCGGGGCCGCGGUUUCAAUGCCCUAUUUCUGGAGUGGAGUUUAACGGUAAGUGUAAGUUUUUGGCAUUGAAAACUUGUGGACAUGUACUGAGUGCAAAGGCUUUAAAGGAGGUAAAAUCCUCCACUUGCCUUGUCUGUCAUGCUGGAUUUUCUGAGGCGGAUAAGAUUGUGAUUAACGGAAACGAAGAGGAAGUUGCGGCGUUGAGAGAUAGAAUGGAGGCCGAGAAGGCGAAAGGGAGAGUGAAAAAGAUGAAGAAGACGAAAAAUGGGGAUGCUACUCUGAAUGGAGAAGAGGGUAUGGGUUUUGAGGCCUCGCGGUUGAGCGGUACCAAGCAUGGCAUUGAUGUUAAGGCUGUGGAGAAGGCAUCAGCAAAUGUAGAGGUACAUGGGAAGUUUGUGAAUGGUGGGGAUAAUGUGAAGGGUGUGAGUAAUGGUGCGGCAAAGAGGUUCAAGGCUGUGGAUAUAGCCCCGCCUAAUGCUACUAAGGAAGUGUAUGCGUCUAUCUUCACGUCGUCAAGGAAGUCGGAGUUCAAGGAAACAUAUUCUUGUAGAUCUCUCCCACUCGGUAGAAACUAGUUGAUGAGUACCUUAGCUGUUCCACACCACUUUGCACCUUUGGUUCCACACCACAAAGUGGUGUUUGUGAGCUGUGGGUUGUUGAGAACCUCCAUAUCAUGUUCCCUUGAUUGUUUUUGAUUGAGCUGUUGGGCUGUUGAAACUUGGGAGGAGCCUGGAAUUGAGUUCCCUAUAGUCUCAGCUGCAAAACUUAUUGUGGGCUGUUCGUUGCACUGAGGGAAGGCUUGCUAAUAGCUAUAAAAUAUAGUGAUCGGUGAGAAUAAAGCUGACUUUGAAUGUGUGUGGGUGAGUGGUGCAGCAUUCCUGAUUAGGUUUUUGAGAACAUGUCAGUAUCUACCUGCUGGUUUAGUUUGCACAGUAUUUAAAGGUGUUUCUCAAUCAAGGAUACACAAAGUUUGUCAAUUCUUAAAAAAGUGAUGUGUUGCUUAGAGAUUGAGAGAAUUUCAGAGUGUUCAUGUUGUGUGUCACUGUAAAAGUAUAAUAUGCAGUGAAGAUGAUUGAAGAUGAUUGGUGCAGGUUUGUUUGGAUGUGGGU